AAAAAAAAAAAAUGUCGGCCAGACAUCAGGUGAAAUGUUACCUCCCUCGCACACCUUUGCAGGGAAACAUGAGAAGUGAAAUCAAACACCUGCCUUUCCCUCUCCUCACAACCGUCCUCUCUUCUUUCCUCACCCGUGCAUGCAUUCACUACACAUUACGCUUUCGUUCUGUAGUGCACGAGCAUUUGCACUCAAACUUGAUCUCUGUCGGCUAAUGGGUUGCUUCCACUGAAACAAACCGCAAUCUCUGAAGCAACUUCAUGGCUGUCCGCGGCACCGUUCCUCCUCCGGAUUACUACCCUUUUGAUAUCGCUCUAUCAGCCCAGCCACCUGAAGAUCUGCAGGGCUUUUAUAAAGGAAACCAGCACAUGCUGAGCAGAUCAGGCUCGCAUUAUGGCUUGGCCACAGGAGGGGUCAGGAACGCUUGGGAUCAAGGGCAAGCUAGAGCAACUACUCCUGCUCCUACGCCCAGGCCUCCUCCUCCUCCUCCUCCUCCUCCCUCGGCUCAUGAGAUCAGCCGCUUGUACAGGGAUUCUCUAUCCAUCAAGAUGAUCCCAGACAGCCAGCGCAUUCGCAGUAGAGCCGCUUCACCGGCUUGCUUUGGCAUUGAAUCCAGAUUUCCAGCAGAACACUCCGUGUUCAGCGAUGCCAACGACCUUCCUCUGGACUCUGGAUCCACCUGCAUAGUAGUGGACCCUACAGCUCCAGUCAUGGACGGGACUCUUCCUCGAGGGAACCCUGCUUACGGCUCUGUGUCAACUCAAAGGAUGCCUUACGACCCUGCUUAUGAUCCAGGCUCCACUCACCACCCUCCGGCGGCCGUCACUGUCGACCCCAAGAGAACCGUGGAUCCCAGUUUUCUAGCUCUCCUGCGCUCCGAGGGUCUGUCGGAAAGCACUAUAACUCUUCUCCUACAGCAAGGGUUUGAUUCUACCUCCAUGCUUGCUAUGAUGGAAGACCACGACGUCCGCUCCGUCGCUCCCAAUUUGGGCCAAGCACGAGUGCUUUCUCGAGUGGUUCUCAAUUGCAAGACGGGAGCAACCGGUGCUGCGGUUAUGCGAAGUCGUUCUAACAGCUUCAGCCAUCGCAAUGAUCUCUACAUGCAGUCUCAGGCAGUGGAUGGAAACCUCAUUCAACAGCCUCCCAGCGCCCUGCAGUCCGUCUCUCCAAGAAUGGGAGAGUUUCUCGGUCGGCGGCCGAACAGUGCUCCGUCUCAACAUCUCCUCGAAACCACGAAAUAUCCAGGGGUUCGCUUGGUCGGAGGUUUUCCGGUCAGUCCGGGGGGCUACGCCACACAAACACGACCUUUGUACAAUGCCCACACAAGCCUGGCCAUGUCCGCUCAACAACAACCUCCGACUACUCCAGGAGUGGCACCCAAGACCUUCUCCACUACAUACAGCCCUAUGGAGCUGAUGAAGCGCCCUCCGAACCUUCCUCCUCUCUCUCCUUCUCAUAGCCCCCAUCACAGCCCUCAGUUAAUGCGCAAGGGAGCAGCUCCUGUGGAGAGUGCCAUCCUUCCAGCAUCUUCAGCCCUCCAGCCUCAGACCCGGAGAACCGGACCUCCGGUCAUUGUAUCCACCAUGGCUUCACCUGACACAAGUAUCAGGCCUCAGAUCGUGAAUGGCCCGAUGCAUCCUCGUCCUCUGAUUGCUCUGCUGGACGGUCGGGACUGUACGGUUGAGAUGCCGAUCCUCAAAGAUCUGGCAACCGUGGCCUUCUGUGAUGCCCAGUCCAUUUAUCCAAAGGUGUUAAACGAUGCGAUCGGCGCUCUGAUGUAUCACAGCAUCACACUGACGCGAGAGGAUCUGGAGAAGUUCAAAGCGCUCAGGAUCAUCAUCCGCAUCGGCAGCGGAUACGACAACAUCGACAUUAAAGCGGCCGGAGAGCUGGGGAUCGCGGUGUGUAACAUCCCGUCGGCGGCGGUGGAGGAGACGGCUGAUUCGACGCUGUGUCACAUGUUGAAUCUGUACCGCAGGAACACGUGGCUGUAUCAGGCGCUGCGGGAGGGCACGCGUGUUCAGAGCGUGGAGCAGAUCCGUGAAGUGGCAUCCGGAGCCGCACGCAUCCGUGGAGAAACACUCGGACUCAUCGGCUUCGGUGAGAGACGACAGGCUCAGAUCACUAUGCGUCAGGGGGCGUUCCUGGUGAACACGGCUCGAGGAGGUCUGGUGGAUGAGAAGGCUCUGGCUCAGGCGCUGAAGGAGGGCCGGAUACGAGGAGCUGCUCUCGACGUCCACGAGACCGAACCCUUCAGUUUUGCGCAGGGUCCUCUGAAAGACGCUCCUAACCUGAUCUGUACGCCGCACACAGCCUGGUACAGUGAGCAGGCUUCUCUCGAGAUGAGAGAAGCAGCCACUACAGAGAUUCGCAGAGCCAUCACAGGCCGGAUUCCUGACAGUCUGAGGAACUGUGUCAAUAAGGAGUUCUUUGUGUCAUCAGGUUCCUGGGGCCUGAUGGAGCAGCAGGUUCAUCCUGAGCUCAACGGCGCCGCCUACAGCCAAGUCAACCAAUCCCUGCAGGCCAUCACGACUGGCUCCGCCCCCAAGACAGAAUCAAUGCCUAAAGCGAGAGCAGGUUCCCGUCAGGUCUGGCAGCGGGUUUGGAGGGUCUGGUUCCGGUGACCGUGAUAAACCACCCUUCCCAGACGCCGUCCCCAAACCAGCCCUCCAAACACGGAGAGAGCAGCUGAGCGAGCAAUAGCAUCAGCAUCACACACUCAACUCCUUCU